UAGGAGGCUGUGAAUGAAGGAUUGUCCCGGGAGAGAGGUGUAUGGAGAGCGGUCAAUAUGAGUGAAGAGUUGGCCGGGUCCCUCACGCCUCCAUUCUCACCGUACUUCUCCGAGAACCCGGAGCCGGGGGGCAGCGAACACUGCAAACCACUGCGCUUCUCGUGUGCCCAGGACAGUGCCCGAGAUGGCGGGAAAAGCUUUCCCUUUGAUUCCUAUCUCACCAGCGGCUCUCUGAGAAGGCUUUUGCUGAAGCUUGAUCCUUCUCCAACUGAUUAUGAAACUGACACAGUAGAGAUCUUUGGCUUCCAAUGGGUAACUGAAACUGCUCUAGUGGAGUCAACAGAUCUUCUGUUUGGAUUGCUCAGGCAAAAAAUAAAUGCUCUUGAAAGUUUAAGUCAACCACUCUCCUUUGACUUUGGGCAAGUAAAUAAUGUGCACUAUGAAGCUGACGAAAUCCGAAGUCAAUGUCUGAAAUUUUUGCAUUAUGUGAAGAUUUUUAUAUACAGAUUUUUAGAUUCCCCAAAGCAGCAAGAUGAUAUUUUGGCACAUCCUUUUGAAGAAAUGGGUGCUCAGUUUCCCUCCAAGCUCAUUGAAGAGCUGCACUGUUUGGGCCUGCAUAUUGGACCUCUAUGGGAACUUCCAAGCACCAUUCUUGGAGCCUUCACCAUUCACCCUCAGAGCAAGGUCUUUCCUGCUUCAUGGCAUCUGCUGCAUCUUUACUUGGAUAUUCAUUGGUCCAUUUUAGAAAUCCUACAGAUUUUAGGAGAAAAGAUGCAAGGUCAGAUUGUGUAUGCCCAUCAGUUUAUAAAUCUUUUUGGGAAAAAUUUGACAAAUAUGAGCUUGUUUGAAGAGCAUUGUGAAAAUUUAAUUUGUGGUCUUAUUGCCCUCGCGGCAGCCAAGUAUUUCAAGGUACGCCCAUCAGAAGCCUUUAGUGGUCAAUUUUAUCCUUGUAUGUGCAUCAAAGAGAUGUGGGUUUUAGUUAUCCAACUUGUUGACCAUAGGAGCAAAGCCUCUUCAUCGGAGAACUUCUGGGGUUUGCUCAGUAUUUUGUUGAGGAAGUUACUUCAGGGUUCUGGUGGUAGUGAAGUACAUGACAUUUGCAAUGUAGUAAAAUGUAAAGAUACCUUGGGCCUUUGUUGGUGGAUUGUUGCACACCUUUCACCACUGUAUCAGCUCGAUCGGAAUGGGAACCUAGAUGAACACAUUCAAAUAUCUUCAAAUUGGAAAUUCGUGGAAGAACUUCUAAAAAAAUCAAUUAAUGUUCAGACUGGAAUCCUAGAGGACCAGCUCCGCAUGUAUUUGCAGUGCUGCUUGUCAUUAUGUGACCUUUGGGAAGCAAACCUCACUGCAGCUACCAUUCUAUGGGACUAUUACAGCAAAAACCUGAACAGUCUUUUUAAUAUCUCCUGGCUUGGAUUAAAAUCUCUGGCGAGUGUCAGCAAGACCCCCUUUUCUAUGCUGGAAAAAGUAAAAAGCUGCUGUGCCGAUGAAAACCAUCCUGACCUGUACAAGUCUGAUAACAGCUACCUCAUUUUCCUACGGAUCAUAGCCCGCCUGAUGAAAAAAGCUAAGCAAAGCAGUGGGAUACAUCCAUGGAAGCAAAUUAAGGGAAGAAUCUAUUCCAAAUUUCACCAAAAGAAGAUGCAGGAGCUCUCCGAGGUUGGUUUGCAGAACUUCUUCACCCUGUUUCUUUUACUGGCCACAUUGGCAGAGACUGAGGAUGUUACUAGCAGGGUUUUGGAUCUCUUACAUUUUCUAAUACCCGGCAUGCUCAAUUCAUCCCAGAAAACCCUUGUGUGGAGAGGAUACUUUGCUUUUAUUCUUAUUUAUGUGGAAAAAAAUAUGGACAUUGGUGUUCUCGCAGAAAAACUCUCCAAUAGUUUCCGUGAAACUGCAAAGGAGUUUUUGGUGUGUAAGGGUGACUAUGGCCAGAAGCAUACACAUUGGUCCCUGCUUUCUACUUAUGUAGAUGGUGCGCAAGAAGUUUUCGAAACCAGCAGUUUUUUGCAACUUUCUGAAGAUAAACUACUGAAUGACGGUUUCAGUAUGUUACUCCCAGCAUGCCGAGAGUCAGAACUGAGUGCUGUCCUUCACUUUCUGCAGACAGCAGUUUCCAGGCUCAGAAACAUUCACAGUCGCGCAGCCCAAGGACAUGGGAAUGCAGGCGUCCAAGCACAGGCAUUGUCAGUGGCAAAAGAGCGCCAUCUAGCUGUCGCUUCUGCUCUCUGGAGAAAUUUCUUCCCGUUCUUGAAGAGCUUGAGACUUUCCCAAACACCUCCCUCCCAGCUAGCUGACACGGCAGCAGGCUACACACUUCUGGCUUUAGACAUACCUGGUAGUGCCCCACCUGAGCUUCAGCCUCAGCCCUUUGUUUCAAUGAUGCAGCUAUUUGGAUGGGAUGACAUGAUCACUACUCAGUUGGUGUCCCGCUAUCUGAGCCAUCUAAUUGCAAAUAGAACAUUAACAGAGGCUCUCAACGACAUGGGAAAUACAACUUUUCAGACCCUGUCAGUCAGAACGUGGAGUCGAUGUGUUUUGCAGAUGUAUGUUGAUCAGCCAUCUGAUUUCUGGUUGGAUUUUAAUUUUACAGCUUCAGCAAUUUCAGAACAGCUUAGAGAACUAACCCGGUUAGUAUUCAAGCUUCCUGAAGUAGAAAACAUGUUCGUUAAAGCUCAAAUCGAAGCAGCAAAUUACAUGCAGGAUCCAAAGACUGCACUUCUGCAGUUUUUCAAGGUAGUUGGUAUAGUAUAUAGCGGCCUACAGACCUUAUCAGAAAAGUCUACCAUGGUAACAAAAUGCCUGGAGUAUUCUGGAGACAUCCUAAAAUAUGUCAAACCGUAUCUAACGAAGAAGGGCCCGGUGGAAGGGCUGCAGAUCACUUACCGUACUGUAGGAUAUCUUGUGCGGUACUGGGCAUCGAUUCUGGCCACUUCAAAAGCACAGCAGCUCCUCUUCCGCAUCAUCGAUUACCUGCUUUUACCACAUGCCUUGUUCCAACAAGAUAAGGGUUUGCCGGCAGCUAUGCUGACUGCUGUAAUGGAGAGCCUGCCUCUCUUUCUCCAGGGUCUGUCCAUUAUAUCUCGUCAAUCCCAAGUACAAGCUGCUUAUGUAAAACAGCAGCUGAAAACCAUUAUUGAGCAAUAUUUUGGGAGGUUUUUGCCCAGUGCUCCUCAAGCACCAACUGCAGGAAGCCAUCCUAUACUUUUAGCCCUGUGUGAUUCUGUUCAGAGUCCACAUACUGUCAACCUCAGGAAAACUGUAACGCAAAUCAUAAAUGACAGCUACUUGCAGUUCAAAGGCCAAGCCCCACCUCCUCGGUUAGCCUCUGUUUUGUCUUUCAUUGUUGAUGUUUUUCAGCGAACUAAGACCAUUGAUGUAUCAGAUGCUCAGUUCCUUCUUCCUGCCAUCUUAAAGUGCAUGAUACUUGUCCAUGAGCCUCUGGUGAGGAAGCUUUCUAUCAAAGCAUUGCAGCACAUUAUUGAAGGCUGUCGAGAGGUUCCGCAAGGGGAAGCUGUAUCAUAUGUUACAUGUAUUUUAAGGCAAUUUAUUCAAGAAUAUUUGUGGAUGUAUGAUCAUCAGAUAUUUGGCAUCUUGGAGACCCUGUCUAUUUUAGACCAGUCACUUGUUGUAGACCUAAUUCCUACAAUUUCUGAAAGCUUGAUGGCAUCAGAGCAUAAGCGCGGACUAGGAAGAAAUGCAGCUUCUAGGGAGGCUUACAAAAGAUUGCUGUCUCACUUGGGUGAACUUGGACAAAAUGAGCUCCAGGCACUAGAAAAUGAAAGACCGUCAUCCUGAACCAAUAUCGAAAGUAUUGCUAAGAUACAACUGUCGUGUUCCGUCGAAGCUAAAUUCUGUAGCAUUUUAUCAGUCUACUUAAGGAUGGUGUUAACUUGGUUCUGUGAAAUUCAACGAAAACAAGUAUUUAUGUUGGACUUACAGCAACAAAGCCAUGUUUCUUGGCCUCCCUAAAAUGUGCAAUAUGAACUUUUACUCUGUCUGAGAUCUCAAGUAAAUAUGUAAAUAUCUUUUCUAAGGAAAUAUUUUUAGAU